AUGGCUGGUCCUUGUAAUCCUGUUUGGAAUUAUUUUCAUCGCAAUGAAAGUACGGCCACUUGUGUAGUCUGCAUGAAGGAAUUGUCUUUGGGGAGUCCUUUGCCAAAAAACCAAACUGUAAGCAGCAUUAAAAAACACUUGGAAAAAGUUCAUCCUCACGAGUAUGCCGCCUUUCAUACACUGGAAAAAGAGUAUGUACAGCACAAAUCGCAAAAUGUUAAUUUAAAAAGAAGAGCCAAACGGAAAAGACUCAAAGAGCGCAAGGAAGCAAUAGAAGGUCCCAAAGAACGCAAGAAGCCGGGCAGGAAACGUAAAAACGAAAAAAAUUCAGAGUCAGAAGAUACUGAACAUAAAAGUUUAAAUAUUGAAAUAGUCGUAGAUGAUCCCUUAGUUGUAAACGAACAGGACGAACAUAUGGUGGAUAUGGCUAGCGUUGAUAUCAAUAAUGUAAAAAUGGAGCAUUGCAAGAAAUCACCUAUUAAGUCUAGCGAUAUUGCUGUAAAUAAGAGAAUAGAUAAGAUGAUAUUAGAUCUCAUGGUUGUUGAUUUGUUACCCUUUAAUAUUGUAGAAGGAUCGGCAUUUAGGCGUCUACAUUUGGCAGAUCCUUGUAGACUUAACAAAUAUUCUGUUAAACCAGCAAAUUAUUAUAAAAAUGAUCUCUUGCCGGAGACAUAUGAUUCAAUAAAAAGAAAGGUUCUACAAUCAUUAGAACAAGCAGAAUGGAUAUCGUUAAGCACCACUCAAUGGUGGCACAAAAUGAAAUCCUGUUGUCUGCAAGUCAUUAGUGGACAUUUUCUACACGAAAAUCAAAAACACAUGGUGGUACUGGAAGUACGUCCUCUAGAAUCUCCGCAAGUAAUAACACCGAACAUUUUGGAUUUAAGUCGAAAAUUUAACAUUGUUGACAAAAUACAUUUGAAUAUAGUAAAACAAAAUGAGGAUACUUCUACUGAAUGGUUUACCACAUUGGAAUGCUCAGACUAUUUACUGCAAAAGGUUAUACGUGAAGCAUUGUUUUCAGCAGAUAUUAUCGAGAUUAUCAAACAGAAAUGUAGUAGCAUUAUUGAACAUUUUAUAGGUAAUCAACUGGCCACACAAAAUCUAAACGAAUGCCAAGAAUUAUGUGGACUUAAUCAUUAUAAUUUCAUUACAUCCCCACAAACCAGUUGGACAAGUACCUAUUUAAUGUGGGAGAAAUUAAUAGAACAGAAGCCAGCCUUGGAAAUGUAUAUACAACAGUAUGGCGACAUUCAAGUGCCCUCAGAAUAUGAAUGGCAACAGAUUGAAUAUCUGGUGAUAUUGCUGAAAAUAUUCUACCAGGCUUGGAUAGAUCUUAACUCCGAGGCGGCCUGCGUCUCUCUCAUUAUACCUUUGCUGACUAUGUUAAAUUCAAAAUUAGAACUUAAACUAACAGAUUCCACGGAUCUGCAAUACUACAAAAAAUCAUUAAAAUCUCAAUUAAAUCAAUAUUUCGCAUUUGCUCAUCAAUCGUCUUCACUAAUCAUAGCGACUCUACUAGAUCCACGUUUUAAAAUGCGCUACUUAAAUGAGCAACAGUUGACAUCAUGUCAUGCCGAAAUGACGCACAAUUUAAGACUUUCAUUAAAUUUAGAUGAAGAUUCUCCAAAUCCCUCUUACAAUACAUUACCAACCAAUAAUUAUAACUACCAUAACACCUCUGAUCUUUGGGAGUCGCACGAUUCGACCACCAUAACUGAAAAUAAUACAAAUGAAAGCGUUUUUAUGGCCUUUGAACAACAAUUGAGUUUUUAUCUUAAAGAGCCACUGAUAGCAAGGAAUGGUAAUAUUUAUCAAUACUGGAAUGUAACACCCUAUGAAUAUUUGCGAAAAUUGGCUUACAAGUAUUUAACGGCGCCUCCGACUCGUUUAGCUUAUAAUGAGACAAUUUGCCAAGUGGGAAACCUGUAUGCGGAACGAAGACUGGCUUUAAAAGAUCAAGAUGAUGAAAAGCUUUUGUUUAUGUCGUGUAAUAUAAAAUUAUUUAAUUUUGAAUACUAG